AUGCGGCCAUUUCGCGAAGGUGGAGGGUACUGGCUGUAUGUCCCGAAGCCUUGGAACGGUAGAAAACGCUACGGUAUUCCGAAUGGUAUCGAUAAAGCUAAAAAGAGCAUACGACUAUUCGAUAUAAUCGAAAAAUUGCAGUCCAGUAAAAAGAAGCACAAGCAUAGACGUCAAGUGCGCAUUAACUACGGAGACGGACAAUCCCUAUUUCUAUUGCCAAAGACACUUUCUAAAGGGAUACAUCACUGGAAUUCGUACGAGAGUCGUUUCAAAGAAUGGAUGGAAAAAAUUUCCAAGAGUGAGUCGCAUAAUGCUUCAGCCGACUUGUCUUCAGCUUUUGAAUGUGAUAGCUCAUCAAUCAACGAGCUAUCUCUCCUCAAUCACAGCUUCGAAGAUGAUCCUCUUCGUGGUUUUUACACCAUAUGGAACAUGAACACCACAAGGAUACCCAAGACGAAGCUAUCCACUUCAGAAAAGGUUUUCGAGCAUAUCCAUGGUGUGUGGAAAAGUCGUGAAGUGGACCAAUUGCUCUGCAAGACGCCAAAGGGUGGCGUUUCUGGUAGAAUAGAGGAUCCAUCGCUGCUAUCUGCAAAGGGUCGAGAUACACUGCAGAGGUGGUCCAGGGUUGUCACUCACUACGAUGAAGGAAAUGUGUCAGGAGAGGACGAGGACCCUGUGGAGAUGUGGAAUCGCGCGAUCGAGACGUCCAUGUUGAAUGAUAGCGCGGGCUCAUCAGGAACCCCGGCCGACGUUGUCGGUUCAUCACGGAAACGAAAACAUGAUAGCAGUGGAAGCAGCUUGGAUUGCGAUGUUACAGAACCACCACUCGCUGCCAGCACUGCCAUUCGGCCGAAAUCGAAAGCCUCCAGACUCAGUGGAAGUGCUGCAGAAAAUUCACAGUUAGUGAAGAAGAGCGUCAAUGAUCAGGAUGAAGCCCAUAUAAACGAUAAUUCUUCACAGUCCAAGUCAUACGAAACCUCAUCCUCGCCUCCAACUUCGUCUGAAAACCGAUCAAAGGUACAGAAUGAGCAAUUCAGUGCGCAGAAAUCACUCCACACUCCUAGUACGAAAAUUCCUCUCGAAAAUAGAAGGCGGUCACCAAGGGUAAAUAUAAUGAAGUCAUUGGAGAACUCACCCAAAGGCAAAGAUGCAGACACGAAAGAGAGGACGCAGUCCGGCAGUCCGAUAGCGUCCUCAGAGCGAAAGGGGCUGAUUCGUUCUCCUGAAGAUCAUGACGAAAAUCUUAGCGAUCAGUCAGCUUCACCACUGAGGAACAGUACUUCUGCGGGAAUGUCCACUGGAUUACAAAAUAAGAAGAGCCCACCGAAUUCCAAAACCUCGAAAGCACAGCCAUCUCCGCUCAGACAAGCAAAAGAUGCCAAAACACCGCUGGCGCGUAGAAGCGUCUCGAGCUCUCUUAGACGUCGCGCGUUGAUCAACAGCGCGAUUAGGAGCAGUGGGAGUGCAGAAAAGUUAUCGUCGACGCCACUGAGAGGUGCAGGUUCAUCCAAUUCAAGGGAUCCAUCUGAUUGUGCAGCAGAAACACCGAAAACUGGAAAGGUCACUGAGAAGGACAAGACUACAUCAGCAUCUCCGUCGAGAACAGAACUGUUGAGGAAAGAAAACGCCGACAAAUGUAUCAUCACCUACUAA